UUCAGCAGGAUUAGCAUAAUUGAGCUCUCAUCGGAAAUUACUUACGCUUUUCUGGAGAAAAUAAGGAUGAAUGAGAUUCUGUGGAACACCAGCUUGGAAAACUAUAAAAGUAGGAACUUAAAAAGGUCGCUCAUGGAUAAAAUUUGCAGCGAACUUCGCCUGGAAUACCCAACAUAUGCUGACCAGCUAACGACAGAAAUUUUGACAAAGCGGUUCCACUACUUAAGGAGUAAUUUUCAAAAACUCCUAAAGAAAGUUGAAAAAACUCCAAGUGGUUCUGGCAGUACACCAGCUGUAAAAUGGGAGUACUAUUCUGCUUGCAAAUUCAUGCAGGCUGUCUACACGAUAGAUAGCAAUUCCUCCAGUUUUGAAAUGCCUGAGGAUUCUACGUAUUUGUUGCAGGCAUCAACUGAACAGACUGAGGAGUUGGUAUGGACCGGUGUCAUAAGUGAAUUGGUGGACGACCCUCUUACUGAUGCAUCAGCAAAGGACACAGAUAUUCCUUCUGCUUAUUGCAACUCAACAAGUGAGGAAUCAUCAAGAACACCAUCACCACUCGAAAUAAUUCCUGUCACCCCAAGGACAAAAAAGAGGAAAGUCAGUAAACCCAAGAACCCUGCAGCAGAAUUUGUUAAUGCCUUUAUGGAGAUGAUUCCUGAACAUCAACCAGAGUUGAAGAGGAAAUUCCAUAAUGGUCUACUGGCAUUGGUGUACCAAGUGUCCCAAGAGUUUACAGAACCUCCAAGUAAACCACAGGAUUAGAACUGUUGAUCCAAUCCUUUAAAAUGUGCAAUAUUUAGGCUGUCGUAAUUACUUUUUUUUUGUUUUGUUUUUUACUAGUCAAUAUAGAAAUUUGUACUUUUGUUUUCAAAUACUUUAAGGUAAUAUUUAAAAGGCUGUGAUCUUAUUGUGAUGGUCUAUGUGCUCAUACAUUUAAGGUGUUAUUUAUCCUAGUCUAGUUUAGUUAUAUAUACUUAAAUAUAUAUAUAUAUUUUUUUUUUA